AAUGACGUAUAUUGACCCUCAUUUGUUUUGCACGUGGUUAGAGGUUACUUGUUGAACUACCUAGCACUGUCCUUUAGCGGUGUCAUUAAAUAGUACAGUUUGCAGGUUAUGAAAAUGAGCUCUAGCAGUACUACUAAAGAGUGGAUUCUAGGAAUCAGUUUGGCUGCAGGAACAGCAGCAGUUGGUUACCUGGCCUACAGAACUUUUGUUUCGAGAGGCAAAUGCUGUAAGACGAGGGUUAAUUUGGACAUCCAGAAGGAUAACCCCAAGGUAGUUCAUGCCUUUGAUAUUGAAGAUUUGGGUGAAAAAGCAGUAUAUUGUCGAUGCUGGAGAUCAAAGAAGUUUCCCAUGUGUGAUGGUUCGCAUACAAAGCACAAUGAAGAAACUGGUGACAAUGUUGGACCUUUGAUUAUAAAGAGAAAGGAAGCCUGAAAAACUGAACACGCUCCAUCCCAGGAUGCAGCCUGCAUUACAAACCUGCCCGUUUGUCAUUGCAUCAUACACGCUCUGUUUUAGGAAUAUUUAUUGAGGCACACCAUAACUAUGGUAGUCUAUAGUAUUCUGGUAUUUCAAACUUUGCCCUGCACUUGCCUGUUAUGAUCUUGUGCUGUGUAACUGAAGGUUGCGGGUUUCUGCUUCUGUAUAUAGUGUGUAGAAUUAAAUAUAAAUCAUAUUAAGGAAGUGAUUUGUCUGAGUUUGACAUCAAAAUGAAGACUUGUUCUUUCUUUUAAUAUGUGAUGUAAUAAACAACAGAUGUUUAAGUAAAUGAACUGACAGUCCUUUUCCAGCAAACUGAUUUUAAAUUUGGUUCUGAAAAAACUGAAUGUAACUUGCAAGAAAAAAAUGUUGGGUUUGUAUAGUUUAAGUAGCUGCUGUAGGUGGUUGAUUGCACUUCUUUGUUUUGGUGAAUUGUUAAUGUUAAGUGAAAUAAAGAGCUUGUGGUGGUAAAGCAAGGUGAA